CCCCCCCCGCCCGCCUCGUGACUCGAAACCGAAGCGAGCGCCGCGCGCAACGGCCCAAGCCAAGCACACGUCAACAAGUCUCGCGUUUCCCGAUCUCUCUCACUCUCCACCCACACCUCCACUCCACUCCACGCCAUUUUUUCGCUCGCUCGCUCGCCUCGUGCCCACGUUCGCCGAGGGGAGUAGCGUUAGCGUAGCGUGCUCUUCGGGGGCGGGUUGGUUCGCGAUGGGGGCGUCGGGGAAGUGGAUCAGGACGCUGGUGGGGCUGAGGCCGGCGGCGGAGAGGGAGAAGGAGAGGGGCGGCGGCGGGGGGAAGGGGAGGAAGUGGAGCAGACUGUGGAGGAGCUCGUCGUCGCAGAGGGGCGGCGGGAACGCGUCGGCGUCGGAGGUGUACUCCGAGACGUCGUCCUCCGCCGACGCGCUCAGCUCCGUCGUCGCGGCCGUCGUCCGCGCGCCGCCCAGGGACUUCCGGCUCAUCAGGCAGGAGUGGGCCGCCGUCCGCAUCCAGACCGCCUUCCGCGCCUUCCUGGCGAGGCGGGCGCUGAGGGCGCUGCGAGGGAUCGUGCGGCUGCAGGCGCUGGUGCGCGGCCGCCGCGUGCGCAAGCAGCUGGCCGUCACGCUCAAGUGCAUGCAGGCGCUCGUCCGGGUGCAGGCUCGCGCGCGGGAUCGGCGAGCCAGGAUCUCGGCCGACGGCCUCGACUCUCAGGACAUGCUCGACGAGCGCGGCGGACGCGUCGAUCAUGUCAAGGAAGCCGAGGCAGGAUGGUGUGAUAGUCAAGGCACUGCGGAUGACGUGAGAUCGAAGAUACACAUGAGGCAUGAGGGUGCAAUCAAGAGAGAAAGGGCACGUACUUAUGCUCAAUCCCACCAGCAGAGGUGUUCAAACCACGGUGGAAGACCCAGCUCCCCUGCUGUAUCUCUCAAGCACCAUGGGAAUGGUGCUACUAGGAGCAACCAUAGUUGGAGCUAUCUGGAAGGGUGGAUGGCCACAAAACCUUGGGAGAGCCGACUGAUGGAGCAAACCCACACCGAAAACUCCACCAAUUCGCGGUGUUCAGAGAGCGUCGAGGAAGUAAGCGUUGGCGGCCCGAAGCUUUCUGAUGCAAGCUCGGUCAAGAUCAGAAGGAACAAUGUUACAACAAGGGUGGCAGCAAAGCCUCCCUCCAUGAUCUCGGCUACCUCUUCUGAUUUCGUGUGCGAUGAGAGCUCCCCAUCUACAUCUUCUGUGACUCCACUGUCAGCCAACAAUUCCCUGGCAACAGAGAGAAGAUCUGAUUGUGGUCAGGUUGGUGGACCGAGCUACAUGAGCCUGACCAAAUCAGCCAAGGCAAGGCUGAGUGGCUAUGGCUCUCACAAGCCACCUCUUCAAAGGCAAAGGUCCGGUGAUCUCCUCCAUCACAACAACAGGAUGGCAUUCUCUUCCAUAGAUGUUCAGAGCACUGCUGGCUCGGAGGUCUCAGUAACUUCAAAGAGGUUAAACAGUUUGGCUCUUAAAGGUCGAGCCACAAGAAGUUUAGACAAGGAGAAUGAGAGACGGCCUAGUUCCUUGCUUUAGGAUACGCACCCUAAUUGGUCCCUCAAGAUAUUUUAGCGGAGUCUUUAGAUGUUUUACCUGUACGUAUCUGCUGGUUUCAAUGUCUCAUUGCUUAUUUUGCUCUCUAUAUUUAUGGUGUACAAAUGUGAAACUCCACAAAUGUUGAACUGUUAUGUCGAUCUGCUGCAUUGUAAAAUCUUGGGCUUGCAAACUUCUGAAGCAUUAUGCAUGAUGCUGCAUUGUUGGA